GCACUAUAUUGGAUCACUCCAGUGUGGUAUUAUUUCGUGCGGCAGGAUACAGUCCGAGUAAGAUGCUUCAGUCCAAACACAUAAAAGACACCAACUGGCUGAAUUCCAAACACACACCUUCCCCCGUCAGCCCUCAAAUUAAGUGCACACUUAUGAUAACAUGAGGCAUGAUGAGUUGACACUUGCAGGGCAAGGUGCGCUGGCAGAGGGAAUUCAUUUUAAAUGGUCGACCUUGGCCUAAAGUUAGUCCCACGGAUGUUUUCAUUCAUCAUGGAACCACCGGUAGCUGUGUGUGCUUUCAUAUGCGCUCAGUCCAUUUUGAUUGUAUUUCAUGUCAUGGCUAGAUGACAAACCAUCCGCAGACAUCGAAUACUAGCCAUCCGACGAUAUCGGGCCCUGAAGUGAACAGAAUCUUACACUAUCACAAACGAGGACUGAGUUGCCAACUUCCCUUGCUUGGCUAAUUGUUAGGACCGGUGGAAAAGAUUGCACGAGGAUUCCCACAAGGGAGAAUUGUGCACCCAUUUGACCAUUGCUGAGAACCCAUCCCAGGAACCCCUUAUUGAGAUUCCACCAUGGAGGAUGUUCAGGUGGAGGAAGAUGUCCCAAAGGAGGGGGCAGAGGUGGAGAACCCAGAGCCAUUAUCUGCAGAGAGCUAUGCAGCAGAGUCCAUGGCUGCAGACAUGGACCCCUGGAUCAUAUUUGACUCUCGCAAAACGCCUGCAGCUGAGUUUGACGGCUGGCUGGAGACCAACAGGCCAUCCCAGGUGGGGCGCUUUGGGGACGAGGAGGGUGGUAAGGGACCUGUGGGGUGGAUUGCUGUGUUGGGCCCGGACCACUGCCCUGCCACAGGGGACAUCACUGGACUCCAGGCGAGCUGGGAGAGGCUGCUGACCAGCGGGAGAACCAUCACCUUCCAGACGGUGAAGGAACUGGCACUGAACCACGGGGUGCUCACCGGCAAGUGGCUGAUGCACCUGGACUCAGGCUUCAAGGUGGACCAUGCCUGGGAGUGUGUGGCCAGAGCAGCCCUGGAAGGGAAGAUCUUCCAGACCAAAGUGAGCCCGCGCGACCCCAAGUCUGACCGUAAGCACGUCAUCUGUUCCUAUAACAAGGACUUCACAGACGAGAACGAGGUGAUGAGGCUGGAUGCAGUCAUCCGGGCCACGGGGGUCAAGUGCUCGCUGUCCUUCAAGCCGGAUGUUUACACUUACCUGGGUAUUUAUCGCAACAACCGCUGGAAUCUCUGCCCCACAAUCUACGAGAGCAAGUACGACCUGGAGUGUGUGCCCCGACGUUCCCACAUCGUCAACAAAGUCACCAAUCUGGAGGUCACCUAGGAAAGGAGUGUGGGAGGAUAGUUUGCUAUUGCUAAACAAGCACUUAGCCUGACUCAUGGCAUGUGUCCAACACUAUGUUGUACAGUACUGUACUUCUGACUUGGGUUCAGUUAAUUCCCCGAAGUAUGGGGUUUAAUAUUUCUGAGUCCUUCCUAUACAUCUCAAAGCAGACUUGUUCAUCGUGCUGAAAUUAAUUUCAGAUAAUUUCUUGCCAUAGUUCAUUAGUGUGCUUCAAGAUUCAGAUUAUAUUGUUUACAUACAAGCAAAAAUGUUUUACUACUUCAACAAAAAUGUUGUAAAUCAAGUCUUUAAUCUACUUAUUUGGUAGUGCGGCUGCCAUCCACAACUCUGAAACUAGAGCUUGCCACUGGUCAUGCAGUGACUGAAUACAUGCAUGUUUUGUUGUGAUUCUGUACAUUUAACAUUUACAAAGAUGUCAAGGUAUCUGUAAUAAAAAUGUCUUACCACUUUCA